AUGGUUUGUAGUGGCCAAAUGAAAGAAACUUGUCAAGUCUCGGAAAUGACAAAUCAAAAAGAGAACAGAAGCAAGGCAGAACAAAGAGCGAUGUUCAGGCAAGCAAUGAGCACCGAGGGUCCCAUGGCGCAGGCCAUCUUAAAACAACUGGAACGUAGUUUCCCAGACUACAGGUCCUUUGCGUUUGGACUGUACAACGACUCGUACAAGCACAAGGGCCAUGCUGGCAUGCAGGGCCUUACCUCUGCAGAGACACACUUCCGGAUCGAGAUGGUCAGCAAGAGAUUCGAGGGUGUGAAACUACCACAGCGCCACCGUAUGGUGUACUCCCUUUUGCAAGACGAGCUGGCCCAGACGAAUGGCAUCCAUGCGUUGCAGCUGUCAUUGAAGACUCCCGAGGAGUACAAGUCCAGGGCCAAGUAG